AUUUUCUUGAAAAUUUUAACACUUUUUAUUGAUAAAAAAUGAAAGACGAUGAGAAAGUAGUGUGCGGAGGGCCAGCACUUCUUGUGCCAGCCCAUUUGUCAUUUGGGCAGCACUUUCUGGAUAGAAUCAGAGAAAUCUGUUUAAGACAAGACGGCGUGGCACUGAUUGACUAUCACACUGGACAUAAAGUAAGCUAUAAGGAAUUACUAGAAGAAACCGUCAGUGCCGCCGUCGGAUUACAAAGUAUGGGCCUAAAUCGAGGAGAUGUCGUAGGUAUAUGUAGUGAAAACCGACCUGAAUUUGUUACCGCUGUGAUGGGCGCUAUAUGUUGUGGCGCGGUUGUGACCGUCCUCAACCCGCAAUACAACGCAGAUGAGAUACAGCACGCGUUGAAUAUUUCAUUGCCAAAACUUAUUGUAGCUUCAGAGAACAGCUUAAAAAAACGUAUAGAUGUUUUUAAAUCUAUGUCAUUUAUACAUAAGUUGAUUCAACUUAAUGGCGAACCAGUAGAGCGUGAUGUCAAUUCGUACAGCUCAUUGCUGGUGCCAACUAAUUCCAACACGUAUGUUCCGGUGGAGGUGAACGGUACUGAUACCGUGUUUAUUUUCUACUCUUCUGGUACUACCGGUCUGCCCAAGGGAGUCAUGCUCAGUCAUCUUAACGCUUUGUAUGUCUCCUCUUCUCUUGAUUUUGGAUAUACUCGGGAAUCAUGUACAAGGUUCUUAUCAAUUUUACCCAUGUGCCACAUUUUUGGAUUAUUUAGUGCGAUACACUAUUUAGCAUGUAAUAAAUUAUUGAUUUCGAUGGUGUAUUCACCUGUAGAUUAUUUAAAAGCCAUUCAGGAAUAUAAGGUAAACGUUUUGAUAAUAGUGCCGCCAAUCGCUGUUUUUCUAUCAAAGUCUGAACUCGUCCAAAAGUAUGACUUAUCUUCAGUGACUAGAAUUUGGUGUGGUGCAGCUCCACUCAGUGAAGAGACGGCUGUGGGGGUUUUAAGGCAUUUCUCGAACUGUCAGAAGAUAAUCCAAGGCUACGGAAUGACAGAAACAUCUUUUGCAAUAAUGAAAAGCUAUGAUACUUUGGACAGCGAACAAAAGCAUGGAAGUUGCGGACACGUCAUACCUGGCAUGAAAGUUAAGGUCGUUGACAUUAAUACUCGACAAAGAUUAGGAUCGUAUGAACGAGGUGAAGUCUGCGUGAAAGGACCCCUGGUGAUGAAAGGCUACAUGAAUAACGAUCAAGCUAAUGAAGAUAUAAAGGACGAUGAGGGUUUCCUGAAAACUGGAGAUAUCGGAUAUUAUGAUUCAGACGGCUGUUUCUACAUAGUCGACAGACUGAAAGAACUUAUCAAAUACAAAGGACAUCAGGUAGCUCCAGCAAUGAUAGAGCGCGUACUGCUGCAGCACAGCGACGUGUUGGAGUGCGGAGUGGUGGGAGCGCCCGACGAGUUGGCUGGCGAGCUGCCCACCGCCUUCGUAGUGCCCAAGCCUGACGUCACGCUCACAGAAAGAGAACUGCUAGACUUCACUAAUGAACGGUUAUCCCCAAUCACGCGAAUACGAGGAGGUAUAUUCUUCGUGAGGGAAAUCCCAAAGAAUGCAACCGGAAAAAUACUACGUAAAGUACUUAAAGCUAAUUUAAUAGCAAAUAAAUGAAAUUGGUAUAUAACAAAAA